GUAGGCCUUUUGCGUUUGGUGCGAGCACAGUGUAGUAGCAGUGGCGUCAUACUCUCUGCCUCAUCAGGAAGUUUUAACAGUCCAAACUAUCCAUCGAAUUACCCAAAUAGCAGAACUUGCAGGUGGAUUAUUGUUGUUCAAGAAGGCCACCGAGUACAGCUGACUUUCCAAACAUUUGUGCUGGAAACGUGUGUGAUACCCUCUGUUUGUACUUGUGACCACGUUGAGAUAAGGGACGGUAGCGAUGGAAGUUCUCCCAGCUUCGGAAGAUUUUGCGGCAACAACAAGCCUUCACCAAUCCAUUCAUCUGGGCGAUCUUUAUGGAUAGAAUUCGACAGUGAUUUGACAACGAACGAGAAAGGAUUUUCUGCAACCUACACCACGAUCGGUAUGAUUUUGUUGUUGUUAUCACAUAGCUUUGAAGUACUAAUUCACAUAGCUGGCUGUUACGUUCUAAUUCUUCCGUGAGCUUAAGAAUAAAAUCAGGAACAAAGUUUACUCGUCUUCUUUCAAACUUAUCGCUGUAUUUCAAAUCAAUAAUUUCGUAAAUAUGAGCACUCGGAACAUUCUUGGGGACGGGAAGAAACCAGCUCAAAAAAGACAAUUUUAAAGUAACUGAUUAUUGGUCGUUUGUCCACUUCCUUGAUAGGCUUUCGCUUUAGGAAAUUCCACGUCGUCAUUGUGUAUAGAGAAAGGGCAACAAAAUACAUCCCUCUCUAAUAGACCCAAUGGAAUCUAUAUCUUCCGACUGGGUUCUCGGAGAAAACGUCACUGGGUUCGCUUAUUUUCCACUAGUUUUUUUUCUCUCUCCGGCUUAGUUGUAUAUCUCCCAUAAAAGCUACAAGGGGUGGCAGGUCUAAUAUCUUUACUGGUAUGAAACCUUUGAAAACCUUUUACAUAUUUCCCUAGCGAGAAGAACUAAAACAUUUACAUUUUUUUUUUUACCUGUACCCCACGAUAUUUUUGCCAGUGGUAAUAAUGUUUUAUAUUCGUUGAAACAACAAUAUGCAGAAACUGAAAAUGUUGAUUCGGCUUGCUCUUGCGAAGACAUUUUAAAUGUAAAGUUUCCUGUGAUCAGCUACUCGUAUUCAUUUGUCAGUAGUCGGAUAACGUUUGAGGGAUUCGAACAAAAUAUUCGAACUUUGAAACUAAAUCGUUUUGCGUGUAGACCACUGAGUAGGCUAUAUUCUUAUAAUUUCCUGUAGGGCACUGUGUAUUUAUCAGUCGUGCUGUUGUCUUGUUACUUGGAAUAACAUAGAUAAUGAACCUGUAACUCUCCACUCCGCAGAGGAUUAUUGAUUCCACCCUUUGUCGUGGGGAGACCUGGGGAGAGGGAAUAAAGAAAUGCGGGCGAGUAGAGUGGGGACGUCAGUCUACCUUAUAAACCCCUUCCCAUCAUCCUGCGUGUGCUUACUUUGUUUUGUUUGAUGUUUUUUCUCCAAUCUUUUUGGAAUCACAGUAGGGACUUCUGCGGAGGAGAGGGAACCAGCAACAAAAACAAUGCUGAUUUUGUUCCUUUUUCUUCCCUACAGCUAUGUCCACAACAAUCCCAUCAACGACUCUUCCAGGUAUGACGAUUACCAUGAAAAUGAAAUCAGACGUCAAACUAUUUAGAUUUGAAUAAAUCUAAACAAAACGCAGUGAUUUUAACAUUUUGGAAACAAGGUACCAGUUCCACCAACAUUUUUACUCAGUGUCGAAAGGGUUUUUAUCUUCCGGCAAAUCAUUCCAGCCAACACAGCACAAAGCCGCAAUACUAGAAAUGCGUACCAAUGAAUGCUUUUAUUUAAACCGAUUUAUUCUUGUUUUUCAUAUUACUAUGUGUUCACCAAGCAUAGCCCUGCCGUUCGAUUGAUUAACCACACAGAACCAACAAUCACUUGAUUCGCUUUGACGAGUUGUAGAAGGCACUAGUGUAAUAACUGGACCCAAGUGUGAUGAAGGUCUCAUCUGUAUUAACAUUUGGAUCCAAGGGUAACAUAGGUCCUAUCUUUAAUGAUGAUAUUUUGACCCAAGUAUAAUAGAGGUCUCAUCUGUUAUGACUGAGAUAAUAUGAGACAUGUCCACAACAGUCUACAGAUGGUUAUCUUAAGUUACAAGGCUGACAUCAUGGGUCAUGUGACUAAAGACUUAAGGGAACGAGAAAAAAAUGAACGGGAAGAAAUACCACAAAAUCUAGCAAUAGCUCUCGUUUUAAAUAAUUUUUGGCAAAUUUAUAACUGGCUAUGAAACACGCUUUUAAAAAAUUUAUCACUCCAGAACAAAUAAAUUUGUCAUUCGUGUUCGCUUAUGUAAAAUGUCAAGCUAAACAGUUUUCAAAGGUACAACAUUUAGAACAGCUUCUCCGUAACCUAGAUGUAUAGGCUCCUUUAACAAAGUAAUCAGUCGCUCAAGAAACGUAGGUAUUGGGCCAGUGAUUAUAUAAGAAGCAAACAAACAUGACAAUAGAUGGAAAAGAAGAUCCCGGCUUCUCAAAGUUUCUUUCAUUCCAGCAUAUUGCUGUUGUAAUUAAGAUAACAUGCUUAAAGAGAAUAUUUUAUUAUAUAACAGAACCUAACCUUUUCCCUCGUUUUUGCUUUUAUUAAGGAACGUCUACUACAGCUUCUCCAGGUACGAAAAUAUAAUUUAUAAUAUAAUUUAUAAGAGUAAGAUUAAUUUGUCUUGUUCAUGAAUUACUUAAUGACAGCAAAGAAAAUUGGACUAAUUGACAACAAUUUUUUUGCUGCAGCCAGAUAUACGCGACAAUAGCUGGGCUAUUAAUAAUGGCCGCUCCGUUUUUAGACUGUUUUUCAAUCAUUCCCUAUGAUCUAUAGUUUGUGUAAUUAGGACCACAUAUAAAAUAAAAAAUGUAUCAUAUUGAACAAAAAGCUAAAUUUUUCUUUCUUCUUUCCUUAAGAUACAUUUGAACGCAUUCUCCAAGUAAGAAGAUAGAAUUACGUAACCUGCAAUUUGUUCCUACGAUAAAGGCUCAAUCUCACUACCCAACAACAGGACUAUAAUUUAAAAGACCUUAAAAAUGUUCAUCAAAGUUUAUUUAUUUCCAGUGAUUCUUGCGAUGUAGAGGGUGGGAAGAACCUACAUACACAUCAAAAGAAAGCUAACCCUUUUUUUACAAUUUUUUUUUACUUUGCAAUACACCCUCGACAAUUUCUCAUGGAAUGAAAAUAAAACUUGUAUGGCCUACGAUGUGAUUCGCUAAUUAAAGGCUUAUGAUCACUACGCGGGAAAUUGGUCAACUCUGUCAUAGCGACCACUUCUCGUAAGCGACCACUUUGAAAAUAACCAUUCAGUAGUUGGCUGUAAUACGAUCUGCCAAGCGCUAUUCAGUGUAGAACAUUUUUAUACGGUAAGUACGUUAAUCACUGAUAAACAUUCUAUCAGUUUGAGCUUUUUUCUUGAUUUUCCCGUCGACGACCACCUCCCCCACAGUAUAACCAACUGCAAGAAAGCGCCAGAGAAAGGAAACUGCAUGUUUAACAGAAAGUUAACUUUUAUCCUUUCUUUCUUUCUUUCUUUCUUUCUUUCAACAAUACCGGCGGGUAUGUAGUGCAUGUAGCUUGGAAGGUGGAAGACAUGAGCAACUAAGAAUCGCUGCAACAGAAAGCUAACUUCCCCCACUUGUUCUCUUUAAGAUACACUUACAACACGUUUUCAAAGUUUUUCCGCCUUUCUUUCAGCUGUUCCCCCGACGACCUCUAGAGUCCCAUCUACGACUCCUUCAGGUAUGAAGAUAACACUGAAAAUGAAAAGUUCACAAGUAAAACAAAAUGCUUAGAUUUGAUUAUAUCAAAACGAGCUCAGUUUUUCUCAGACAUUUCGGAAACUAGGUUUUUGAAGAGGAUUUUAGAGACGAUUGCAUUUUUAGAUUCCAGCCAUCACAUCAAAAUUUGUGGUCAUGUUAUCUCCGGAUCCGUUCGGCCUACGCCAAGGCAACACGGAAAGCCGCAAAAAUCUAGCCUCAUUAGAACAAAUGUUUUUCUUAGCUACCUUCUAGUCGAUUCUCUUAAUCCUCACAAAAUUAAUGAAAUCUUUUCAUUCAACUAGUUUCAUUUUAGCUGUUUUUGAUAUGAUUAUGUUUUCACUCAUAGCAUAGCUGCACCAUUCGAUAUGUAAGCCACACACAACCCACCCUUAGAAGAUUUUUGGAAAUGAUUUAAAGUUAUCACAGGCAACUGUACCCAAAACAGCUGCGCUAAAAUUAACUAUUUUCUCAAAUUUUCCUGAAAUUUAUUCGACUUGUCAAGUAGUCCUUGCCAUUACAAUGGUAUCGGUUGUUAGUCAAACAUAAAAGAGUAAAGGAAGCUAACCGUUUCCCUCUUUUUUCUUUAAGAUGCACCUCCAACGCCAGCCUCUCCAGGUAGAGAAAUAACAUUUAUAUGACCUACGACUACAACCCUGGUCAAAACGUCUUGGGACACUUGAGGAAAUUAGGCACAAAGACGCACUUUGCUUCUCCCUCUUAAAAACGCCUAUUGGGGAUGUUGUUAUAAGGCGCUGUUUCUGCUGUUCCCCUCUCCCCCAAGCAGUGUUGAUAGUGUUGAAUUAAAACUGGAAUGCAUAAUAACAACACUGCACCCUUGGGGGAAAGGGAAAGGGGAGAUGCCUCAACUUGACGGGCCGGCUAUUUCGUUUAACUUAGUGUGCCAAGAGUUUUGACCAGGGUUGUACAUGGAAAUAAAAGGCUUACUCAAUGCACAAAACUUCCCGAUUAAUUGACAAUAAGUGUGAUUUAGGGGGGCUGGGGAAAGGGGGGGGGGGGUUGUUAAUAUACCCAACAUUUUUUGGAUUUAAAGUUGCAAAACUUGUUAAUUUAAGCUCACCACAAUGAAAGUAGUCCAUGUUCCACAAGGUGAUUGGGAGAACAUUCAAAACAAACAAUAACAAGAUCAACAACACAUUUUAACAUAAAAAACUUUUCAGUAACUGUUUUUUCUUUUCUUAUUUAAGGAAAGCUAACAACAGCAUCUCCAGGUAAGAAAAAGAAUUUUACAUGUUUUAAGAUUUUGACGAACCCUUUUUAACCGAGAAAGCUAACUUUUUCCCUCUCUUGAUUUUCAUUAAGAUACAACGCCCACAACAACUUUUCCCACAGGUAAGAAAAAUACAAAUAUAAACGCCCCCUCUAUGCUGCUAAAAUUGUGUUAGAUGUCCCUCUCUAAUAAACUCCCCCAAUCUGAAUUACUCUAUAAAAAAACUAGGAAUUAGCAAAAUUAUUCAAUUCAUUCAUUUUCUUGCUUGGUUGACAAGGCUUUGCGUAUUUCAUCUUGUUCAAUGUCAAGUUAAGGGUAAUGAUAGACUAACGAUGGCAACACAAUAACCCUGAGAGAGUGAGGAUUCUGACAUCGAUGUUGGGAUUUGAAGGAGAGAUUUGGAUCUCUAGACGGCCUAGACGUAUCAAUUGAUGGAGUUGAUAUUCCGCUAUUUUCAAAAUCUCUUAAUAUUUUUCCGAUUGUUAUUAGUUUGGUUGAGUUUGUUACAGUUAUGAGAGUAUUAAACGCCGCUCUCUUUUAAAUACCUCCUAUCUAUUAAACGCCCCGAGCGCGCGGUUUAUUAGGUCAUUUACGGUGAUACCUGGAGUAUGAAGGGGGAGUCUUUUUGUAGUAAAAGCACUCAAGUUAUUAACCACUGCCAGAAAAAUUGGAAAAAGAAAUUGAUGGAGGAAAAAUUAUCCAAAAAAAACUGCACUAAAAAACCGUUUUUCAAAGAGGCAGUUACGGUAGUGGUUUUCUUUCUUCCUUCUCUCAUAAAUGCCUUUCAUUUUAGUGCAAGCACAGUGCAACAAAGAUGGCUUUAUUCUCACUGGUUCAUCAGGACGUUUUUCAAGUCCAAACUACCCAUCUAAUUACCCAAACAGCAGAACGUGCAGGUGGAUUAUUGGUGUUCAACAGGGCCACCGAGUACAGCUGACCUUCCAGACAUUUCUGCUAGAAACGUGUGUGACCUCUGUUUGUACGUGUGACCACGUUGAGAUAAGAGACGGCAGUGAUGGAAGUUCUCCCAGCUUAGGAAGAUUUUGCAGUGACAACAAGCCUUCGCCAAUCCAAUCAUCUGGUCGAUUUCUGUGGAUAGAAUUCGACAGUGAUCUUACAACGAACGAGAAAGGAUUUUCUGCAACCUACGUCGCUGUCGGUAUGAUCGUUAAUUUUCCCUAAAACAGUACGUGAUUUUGAUCUAUACGAUGAAAUGCCGUGGAAUAUCGAUCGUAUUAAUGGGGUAGCGUCACGUUGGGAUACUUAGCUUUACCUUACUUUGUAAUCAAAGAUAUUCUAUACCACAUUAAAUUCAAUAGACUGCUAUACAACUAUGGACUAAGAGACUAUUCUAUAACUGUUCUCAUUACACGUUCGGCUUGUCUCACUAUCGAGGUUGUAGAGUUUGGAAAUGAUUGGUCUUUGCCAGCCUAGUCCCUAGGCGUUCUCAGCUCGGUCAAUCCUGGACUCUACCAUGAGCUGUGACAUCACCGAGAGAUACUCGCCCGCUCUUUCCCAGACGCGGACAACGGGACAAGAGAGAACCCCAAGGGACUAGGCUGGUCUUUUGCCAGACCAGAAAAAAGUGUCAUCUUAAUAUCGAGGAAGUUGUCACUAUGGCAGUUUUUCUUGUACCGUGUUUAUUUCCUCUUGAAGAAAGGUACUGCCAGACUUUGAGUAAAAUUCCCUCCAGCUGGAUUUCAAAUGUACCGGAAGUCCUUUGAUUUUCUGCGUUCCGGCAGCUUUUUAGUCCAUGCUAUUAUCAGAGUAUAGUCUUGGGUUAGUAAUAAAUCGCAGAAACUAAGUUAAAAAGGUCUGAUAUUCCUUUCUGUUUCCCUUUUAGCUAUACCAACAACCUUUCCUGCAACGAAUCUUCCAGGUAUCAACGUUCAUUGUUAUUAAAACACAACUGAAUUGACAAGCACGGAACGAGGUGUUUCAGUGACUCAAAAAAUCACGAAAACAGAAAUGUGACUUUAUAUCAGAAAACUAGAAUUAUGCUAUAAUAAUUCCCCGUCACACACAAAUUAAAUUAUAGCAUGCAAUUGUGAAAGUCUGCAGUUUUAAAUGUUGUAAAUGUUGAGUAAAGUUCCCUCCAGCUGGAUUUCAAAUGUACCGUAAGUCCUUUGAUUUUCUGCGUUGCGGCAGCCUUUUAGUCCAUGCUAUUAUCAGGGUCAUAGUCUUGGAUUAGUAAUAACUUGCCGAAACUAAGUUAAAAAGGUCUGAAAUUCCUUUCUGUUUCCCUUUUAGCUCAACCAACAACCUUUCCUGCAACGAAUCUUCCAGGUAUCAAAGUUCAUUGUUAUUAAAAUACAUGUACAACUGAAUAGGCCAUUUUACAGUUAUGGAUGGAAGCGAGGCUGAAGGUAACCUUGUUUUGAUACAAACCUUCCUGCUUUAUUAUUUAAAUCAAGUUAUUCUUAUGCUUACUAGUAUUUUUCAAGAACAAUUUCCAUAACAAAGCAAAGAAGGUUUGUAUCAAAACAAGGUCACCCCCACCCUCGCUUCCAUCCAUAACUGUAAAAUGGCCUAUUGACAAGCACAGAACGAGGUGUUUCAGUGACUCAAAGAAAGAAAUGUGACUUUACAUAAGAAAACUAGAAUUAUGCUAUAAUAAUUUCCCAUCACACAUAAAUUAAAUUAUAGCAUGCAAUUGUGAAAUUCUGCAGUUUUAAAUGUUGUCUAAUUUAAUUCGUAAAGCCCCGACUAUAUUUCCUCCAUGUGGUGGUGAUUGUGAACUUUAACGUCAUAUUGGCAAUUUUGCCUACUUCGCAUAUUAAUCUAUUUCUUUACAAAUCUCAUUGUGUUUGUCCUAGUUUACUGCUAUUUUGUAUACUUUUUAAUCGUAACUAAAGUACGAGAUUGACUGCAAAUGAGUAUCUAUAACUGAAGGCUGUCUCGGCUCGAUGGCGUGAACUGUGUUGUUUAGCUAGUAUAGGUAACGUUAUAAUUUGAUGGAUUCGGCAUCCUCUCUUUCGUCUAUGACUUCGAUUAUCUUCCUUACAUUUAAAAUAUGGUUUGUGACUGGAGGGAUGUUUGAACAAAACCGGACUUUCUAAUCCGGACACUACUACCAUUGUACUAUCUAAAAUAUAUAAAAUGCAACAUUCAACAGAACACUGUAAGCAGGUUUAGGAUUUAAGAUGAUAAUUAUCUUAGGGGUAAAAAAACCGGAGAGUAUUAUUAGGUGGAAGAACUAGAAUAAUUGAUGUAAGUUAAGGGUUUUAGAUAAGAGAGAAGACUCUUCCACACUUUUGCGGCUCAAAUAAAAACGUACACUCUGUAAAAGUCCUGCUUCUUUACAAUUGUGAGUACGUUUCGACGUUUUAUCGUCCUAAAAUCACAAGAAAAGGGAGGCUAAGCAAAAACGACGGUAACGUCUACGAAAACGUCACUUAAAGCGAAUUCGUCGUGCUUCAAACUUUCCUGCUUAUUCCACCUCGUUCAGUUCGCGAAAUACCGCCGAAUUUUCUGGAGUUUAAUUCUGAAUGACUGUAUCGAAGUGCAAGAAAAGAAAAAGAAAGUCGUUGUCUUAGGUUCACUUACUCCACAAAACGUGACAAUAGGCACUUUCAUGUCGUAGCCGUGCAAAGACGGCAAAGAAAUGUACAAAAAUAGAGUGACGCACGUGCAAAGUUGUUGUUUUUCUAAUAUAAACCUAUUGCUUCUUGCCGUUCUCGUUGCCGUCGCCGUCGUCUUUGCCUAAGGUCCCUUUUAAAGUCAACUAAUUUGCUUAUUAGCGAUGCUUUUUCUUGGCAGAGAGGAUCGUUUGCUCAGAUCCUAAACACCCAGCAAACUGCAGUAAUUCGUUGACUCCCAUCUGUUGUCAUGAUAACGGACCAUCAUGCUGUCGUACAGGUGGCAGUCGAUGUAUUGAUGGUGCAGCGACAAGAGAUUAUUGUCCAAGACCCUCAGAUGACCCGAGCAAAGGAAAGUGCUGUCUUGAUGAUAACGGUGAACCAUCGUGCUGUGAAGAUAGGUAUGUUAUCGAGACCUGAGACCUUCUGAUUGGUUGAAACAAAAUUUAGACCUAUCAAAAGCACUGCUUAGGUCAAGGAACAGAUGCGUCAUCAGUAUGGAAUAUAUUCUGCGCUUGUUUCUCAGACGUGAUUUCGCGGGGAAACCAGUGGUGUGUCGCAAAAUGCAGUCUUUUUUCUCAGGCUCUGUGCGGCUCUCUGUGGUUAAUAAAGAAUAUUCAAUGAAUGAUCAUUUUCAAAGGAAAAAGAGGUUGUCUUAGGUAAAAUCAUAAUUACGAUAAGUUAUUAUAAUAUAAUUUAAUUAUGCAAUGGACUAUAAAAUUUUUUCCAUAGAACUGACUGCUGGCUUGGUUUUAUUGGACUUAAGCAUCUCAGUCCCUCCGCAUGGUAGGUGAACUUUAAUAUAAUAGCAUUUUUCAUUAGCCUUUUUUAGACGGGGGAAGCGGCGGGGGUGGGGGGAGGGGGGUAGGAGGCAAAGGGUUUGAGACCUGGUCUGAUCAUGACGUCAUCCCUUUCUUCUAGCCUGACAACUCUUCCAUUUAAACUUAACGGUAGAGAUAAAACCAAAAGAUAUUAAAUUAGCCUUCUUUCAAGUUCCAGAUUUACUAAGUUCACUUUGUAAGUGUCAAGAGCGCAUGCGCCUUAAAAGAUACGCUGAAGGUAUCUCUUUGUUGGACCUAGACCUUUUCUCAUUCGGUCCCAAGCCAGUUCUUUCAGAUAUGUGGCAAGUAUCCUGUUAUUUUCAAAAGACUCAGAGAAGGUCUUUGAAUUGUGUCUCAUUAAUCUUGUUUUCGAAGAUAUCCAUCUCCUCUGUGUAGCUGGCAUCAUCAUUAUUGCAAAAUAAUCUUACACUAUUCUUUUCUCUAUGCAUUUAUAGUACCACCCGGAUGGCUUGGUUGAAUUGUAAUGCAAUUACGUCAUACAGUUCUUACGUAGUUCUUGCCCAACUGCACCCUCCUGAUUUAAGCUUUAGUUUUACUUAAAUCAUCGCACACCAUACACGCAAUUGUAACUAGAUUAGAAAGGCCUGUACGAUAAUAACGAUCGGCGCAAAAUAUCAUUAAUGAAUGUAAGCAACAAUCGCUGUACAAGCAGAAAAACUGUGUAUAUUCUACCCCGAUCAUUUUCAGAGAAUACAUAUUGAACAGAAAAAAACGCCACUGUAGCACUGACUUACCUUAUAUUUUUUAUUUUUCCUCUCUACAGUAUUGGUGCAACAGUAGGAUUGGUGAUUGGUGGAAUAGUUGCGCUGCUUUUAGUCGGUUUUUGUUGUAUCAUGUUGAUAAUACAUCCAGAGAAAUGUUGUAUAUUUAUUUGUUGGCCUUGUAUUGCAUGCUGGGAGGGUUGCGUGAAGCCAGCUAUGGAAUGCUUAGAAAGCGCUUGUGAGUGCUUUUGUAGUCCUUGUGAAAUGUGCUGGGAAUAUUGCAUAAAGCCAGCAAAGAAAUGCUUAGAAAGCGCUUGGGUGUACUUUUGUAUUCCUUGUGUUAUGUGCUGGGAAUGUUGCGAAAAUCCAGUCAAGAAAUGUAAAGGUUGUCGUAAAUGUCGUGGUUGCCGUAGAUGCGACUGUGGUGGAUGCGACUGUAGUGGGUGGAAUUGCUGUGAAAGUUGUGGUGACUGUGAUUGUGGUGGAUGCGACUGUAGUGGGUGGAAUUGCUGUGAAAGUUGUGGUGACUGUGAUUGUGGUGGAUGCAACUGUUGUGACGACUGUGGUAAUUGUUGUGGCGAAUGUUGCUAAGCGAGUGUGGUAAAGGUUGUAGCGACUGUUUUAAAUGUUGUAGCGACUGCUGUGACUAGUGAAGCUGUGUUAUGAAGGGAAGUUUUGGGGAACAAGGGAAAACCACCAUUUACGUUAAAAGAACAAGUAGAACUGUUGAGUUUGACAAAAAACGCGAGAACAUUGAUUUCUAACCUUGAAAAAAAAGAUUCCAUUCUUAUAAUAGGGCAUUUUCCGAGUUGCUCUAAGCCUCUGUUUCAAAGCGAGGCCAAGUGCGAAUAUUUUAUUCUCAUGUAAAUAAACCUCAUUUUCAUAAGAACGGUUUUGCAGUUAGCCCCGUUUUGACAGAGAGAGUUUUAGAACUCGGAAACGGCUUGUAACCUUAUUACCAGACACCCAUCAGGGUACGUUGCUGUUUCUCAACUGGUGUCUCGCAAUAAUUUGCAAUCAGGGGCACCCAACGGCAAUUUUCGGAAAAUAUCUGUUCGGAAGACGAUUUGAGAUGUAUAAUUUUUGGAACAUUUGUUGUAAAUUUUCUUGCUUGCCUGCCUCUCCUAGGAUUUUCGAACAUCUACAAAAUGGUAUAAUUACCCAUUUUUAACGAAUUUUUACCCUAAAAAAGGCCACCUAGAAUUUUCGGGACCCUUUCCCCGGCUGAAAUUUUCGAAAAGGUACGUUUUGAUCCCUAUAAUUUUCAGAUCACUAGACUUUCAGCUAGGAAAUCCGAACAGAUGAAAAGUUUUUAGGGGAUAAAAAUAUGCCUAUGUCUACCGUUUAAAUACUAAAAUACGUUCAACAAUGCUAUGUUAAGUGGUUUUGAACUAUAUCUACUGAAGGCUGUCUCGGCUCGAUGGCGUGAACUGUGUUGUUUAGCUAGUAUAGGUAACGUUAUAAUUUGAUGGAUUCGGCAUCCUCUCUUUCGUCUAUGACUUCGAUUAUCUUCCUUACAUUUAAAAUAUGUUUGUGACUGGAGGGAUGUUUGAACAAAACCGGACUUUCUAAUCCGGACACUACUACCAUUGUACUAUCUAAAAUAUAUAAAAUGCAACAUUCAACAUAACACUGUAAGCAGGUUUAGGAUUUAAGAUGAUAAUUAUCUUAGGGGUAAAAAAACCGGAGAGUAUUUUUUAGGUGGAAGAACUAGAAUAAUUGAUGUAAGUUAAGGGUUUUAGAUAAGAGAGAAGACUCUUCCACACUUUUGCGGCUCAAAUAAAAACGUACACUCUGUAAAAGUCCUGCUUCUUUACAAUUGUGAGUACGUUUCGACGUUUUAUCGUCCUAAAAUCACAAGAAAAGGGAGGCUAAGCAAAAACGACGGUAACGGCUACGAAAACGUCACUUAAAGCGAAUUCGUCCUGCUUCAAACUUUCCUGCUUAUUCCACCUCGUUCAGUUCGCGAAAUACCGCCGAAUUUUCUGGAGUUUAAUUCUGAAUGACUGUAUCGAAGUCCAAGAAAAGAAAAAGAAAGUCGUUGUCUUAGGUUCACUUACUCCACAAAACGUGACAAUAGGCAAUUUCAUGUCGUAGCCGUGCAAAGACGGCAAAGAAAUGUACAAAAAUAGAGUGAUGCACGUGCAAAGUUGUUGUUUUUCUAAUAUAAACCUAUUGCUUCUUGCCGUUCUCGUUGCCGUUGCCGUCGUCGUUGCCUAAGGUCCCUUUUAAAGUCAACUAAUUUGCUUAUUAGCGAUGCUUGUCCUUGGCAGAGAGGAUCGUUUGCUCAGAUCCUAAACACUCAGCAAACUGCAGUAAUUCGUUGACUCCCAUCUGUUUUCAUGAUAACGGACCAUCAUGCUGUCGUACAGGUGGCAGUCGAUGUAUUGAUGGUGCAGCGAAAAGAGAUUAUUGUCCAAGACCCUCAGAUGACCCGAGCAAAGGAAAGUGCUGUCUUGAUGAUAACGGCGAGCCAUCGUGCUGUGAAGAUAGGUAUGUUAUCGAGACCUGAGACCUUCUGAUUGGUUGAAACAAAAUUUAGACCUAUCAAAAGCACUGCUUAGGUCAAGGAACAGAUGCGUCAUCAGUAUGGAAUAUAUUCUGCGCUUGUUUCUCAGACGUGAUUUCGCGGGGAAACCAGAGGUGUGUCGCAAAAUGCAGUCUUUUUUCUCAGGCUCUGUGCGGCUCUCUGUGGUUAAUAAAGAAUAUUCAAUGAAUGAUCAUUUUCAAAGGAAAAAGAGGUUGUCUGAGGUAAAAUCAUAAUUACGAUAAGUUAUUAUAAUAUAAUUUAAUUAUGCAAUGGACUAUAAAAUUUUUUCCAUAGAACUGACUGCUGGCUUGGUUUUAUUGGACUUAAGCAUCUCAGUCCCUCCGCAUGGUAGGUGAACUUUAAUAUAAUAGCAUUUUUCAUUAACCUUUUUUAGACGGGGGAAGCGGCGGGGGUGGGGGGAGGGGGGUAGGAGGCAAAGGGUUUGAGACCUGGUCUGAUCAUGACGUCAUCCCUUUCUUGUAGCCUGACAACUCUUCCAUUUAAACUUAACGGUAGAGAUAAAACCAAAAGAUAUUAAAUUAGCCUUCUUUCAAGUUCCAGAUUUACUAAGUUCACUUUGUAAGUGUCAAGAGCGCAUGCGCCUUAAAAUAUACGCUGAAGGUAUCUCUUUGUUGGACCUAGACCUUUUCUCAUUCGGUCCCAAGCCAGUUCUUUCAGACAUGUGGCAAGUAUCCUGUUAUUUUCAAAAGACACAGAGAAGGUCUUUGGAUUGUGUCUCAUUAAUCUUGUUUUCGAAGAUAUCCAUCUCCUCUGUGUAGCUGGCAUCAUCAUUAUUGCAAAAUAAUCUUACACUAUUCUUUUCUCUAUGCAUUUAUAGUCCCACCCGGAUGGCUUGGUUGAAUUGUAAUGCAAUUACGUCAUACAGUUCUUACGUAGUUCUUGCCCAACUGCACCCUCCUGAUUUAAGCUUUCGUUUUACUUAAAUCAUCGCACACCAUACACGCAAUUGUAACUAGAUUAGAAAGGCCUGUACGAUAAUAACGAUCGGCGCAAAAUAUCAUUAAUGAAUGUAAGCAACAAUCGCUGUACAAGCAGAAAAACUGUGUAUAUUCUACCCCGAUCAUUUUCAGAGAAUACAUAUUGAACACAAAAAAACGCCACUGUAGCACUGACUUGCUUUAUAUUUUUUUAUUUUUUCUCUCUACAGUAUUGGUGCAACAGCAGGAUUGGUGAUUGGUGGAAUAGUUGCGCUGCUUUUAGUCGGUUUUUGUUGUAUCAUGUUGAUAAUACAUCCAGAGAAAUGUUGUAUAUUUAUUUGUUGGCCUUGUAUUGCAUGCUGGGAGGGUUGCGUGAAGCCAGCUAUGGAAUGUUUAGAAAGCCCUUGUGAGUGCUUUUGUAGUCCUUGUGAAAUGUGCUGGGAAUAUUGCAUAAAGCCAGCAAAGAAAUGCUUAGAAAGCGCUUGGGUGUACUUUUGUAUUCCUUGUGUUAUGUGCUGGGAAUGUUGCGAAAAUCCAGUCAAGAAAUGUAAAGGUUGUCGUAAAUGUCGUGGUUGCCGUAGAUGCGACUGUGGUGGAUGCGACUGUAGUGGGUGGAAUUGCUGUGAAAGUUGUGGUGACUGUGAUUGUGGUGGAUGCGACUGUAGUGGGUGGAAUUGCUGUGAAAGUUGUGGUGACUGUGAUUGUGGUGGAUGCAACUGUUGUGACGACUGUGGUAAUUGUUGUGGCGAAUGUUGCUAA